AUGUAUUCUAGCAUCGCCCUCCGGUUGAAAUUGGAGGAACUGGAUAAGAUCAAGGAUAAGAAAGACAAAAUAAAAAGCAAAAUCUUUUUCAAGAAAAUUGAACAUUUGUUUGAUCCUGAGUAUACUUCUUCAUACUGUCCUAACAAUGCAGCGUAUCUAUUUCGAUGUCAAAAGUGUGGUAAAGUACUGACGAGAAGCAUUUCAAUUAUUGUACCUUGUCUUCCAAAUCGCUUUAUAAUUAGUCGACGUGGCGAUAUGAUACCUGUUCAUGACCCUAUGGAGCCAAGUGAAAAAGAAAUAAUUUCGACAGAUGAACCAUCUCAUCAAUGUAUUGAGGCUAAUGAUUAUUCGAAACAUUCACACACACCUACAUCAUCAAUUACAUUCUCGAAUUUACAUUGUCGAUCGGUAGUCACAUCAAAUAUUAAUGGACAAAUAACCAUGCCAGUUAGUCAAAAACUAACAAGUUUUUCAUGUACAGAACUUUUAAUUCAAUGGUUUAUGGAAUCAGGAAAUUGGCGCGAUGUAUUUUGGAAACUAUGGGCUACAAUAAAUCUUCAAUUAUGCAAACGUUGUGGCAAACAAUUUCCUAUAGUUGAAUUAGGAGAUGGUUGUUUCUAUCAUACGAUGACUCCCGUACCUGUUCAAUCAAGUCAUAUAGUUAAUAAUACUGUUUUGAUGAAAAACGAACUAUCAAAUAGUCUUGAUAACUGUCAACUUGAUGAUGAAUAUGAUGAUAUUUCCAGCAAUAAUCGAUUUACAUCUACAUUUAAAAAACCAGAAAAUAUCGAAUUUCAUUGUAUGAAUGCUAAAUCUCAUGAAUUAUUAUCAAAAAAACAUUCACAAUCAAAUAUUACUAAUACUGGCUUAUCAAGGCAUGAUAAACCUGAUUUCAUCUAUCCAUGUUGUGGAUUGGGCUUAUCAAGAUUCAAUUUAUUCUCAACUCAAAAUGGAUGUCACAGAAGUGAACAUAUUUUGAAUGAAGAUAGUUCAGAUCCUGUAACAAAAUUAUGUAUACAACAUCGUGAAAUGAUUAUGUCAUGGGCUACCAAACGAUCAUUCAAUCAAAAUAAUGACAAUAAUUCAUCUGAUUAUGUUAUUAAUGGUGGACAUUCACACAAUCAUAAAAUUGAUUUGAGUCAAAUUAUUUGUAAUAAAGAACUUGUUUACAAAGCUCCAGCAUUUACACUUUUAGCCUGUUUGGAUAAACAACCUGAUAAAUAUGAUAAACCAGAAAUGUCAAAUUUGUUUAAAGCAACAAUUAAUAAUCAACCUGUAGAACCAAUAUUUGAUAUCAAAUAUGAAGAUCGACUAGUUCAGAUUAACCAAUCAAAUGAUGUUGAAAAUAUAGUGAAUAGUUUAACACCAAUAAUUAAUUCGAAUGGAUUAUUAUCGUCAACACUAGAUGAACGUGUAUGGGACACGGGAAAAUGUAAUCGAAUUAAUCAAGAUAAUCAACGUCAAGAAGAUUUACGUCGAAUGCAAAAACUCACUGAAUUCUUAUGUGCACAACGUCAAAAAACAACCACGUGUUCAGAGAUACCAACUUCUAAAGAAUGUCAGGCUGGGAUUUACACACGUUUAGAUUUACAGUGGCGUUCACAAUCCAGCUUAACAUCAUCGAAAUCAGCAGUUAACCCGAUUAUUCGAAAAUCUAAAUCUCAGAUCUCUUCACUCCCAUUUCGUUAA